GAUACGACAAGGAAGUCACAUGACAAGCUGAAAACAUGGCGCUGGCUACUGCGGACUGGAAUCCCUUAGGGGAAGUCUUUUACAGGAAAACAGAGCUGUAUCAGAUGGAAUGGAUGCAGGACUUGUACAAGUAUAAUGUUGCCACGGCACCGUAUGGAGGUCCUAUAGCCCUGAUUCAGGAUGAGAGUAAAUUAGUAGCCAAAGUGCAAGGAAACAUCAAACCCACAGUAUAUAUCUAUUCUGCUGCUGGAAGAGAAAUCACCAGGUUCACUUGGAACAGUGGUCGUGUUAUUCAGCUUGGUUGGUCAAACACGGAAGAUCUUCUUUGCGUACAGGAUGAUGGCAGUGUACUGGUCUAUGACAUAUUUGGAAAUUUCAAGAGAACCUUCAGCCUGGGAACAGAGGUCAAGGACACCAAGGUGCUGGAAGUGAAGAUAUUCCAGACAGCCAAUACUACGGGGAUCGCUGUACUGACCAGCACAUACAGGAUAUUUGUAUGUAAUAAUAUUGAAGAUCCCAGAGUAAGAAGACUGGCUGAGGUGCCAGGUCUCCAGGCUCCCCCUAGUAGCUGGGCCAUCAUUAACCAAGACAGACAGACCAGAGCUCUGGUGGCAAAGGAGAACGAAUUGUUUUUACUGGACCAUGGAGGACAGUAUCAACAGCAGACCGUAGAUGUGAGUAUACCAGUGGAGUCAUUUAUAGAGAUGUCGGUGUCCUUCAACAAUAAAUACCUGGCUCUGUUCACAAACACAGGGCUCCUGUGGAUCGGCUCGGCUGAUUUACAGAAAGUUUACUGUGAAUUUAAUACUAAAAGUGCAGUGAGACCCACACAACUUUGUUGGUGUGGUACAGGCUCCAUAGUAAGUUACUGGGCAGAGCUUAACCUGCUCCUGAUGGUAGGACCUUCUAAAGAUUGGGUGAAAUACAGCUAUGAUACUCCAGUGACUUUGGUGCAGGAAAUAGAUGGGCUCAGAAUCGUAGGGAAUGAUACACAUGAAUUUUUACAGAGAGUUCCACGUAAGUUUAUCAGUUANUAG